AGCGUGAAUUUUCCCGAUUUCGAACAUUCGUAUUUGCUUGGUAAAAGCCCCCACUCCAACUUCAUUCGCUUUCGCUCGAAAUCAGAGUUACUUUACUGUUGAGAAAACAAGAAUUUAAUCCUUGACGAGAAUUAAACUGAGAUUACCACCAGACGUUCGUACAUAUAGUCAUGGCGACCAGCGACACGACUCAACCUAUGCUCCACGCCCGCUAUGUGCUUGGCGGGUCAGGCUCGGACCUGUUUUCGGAGCCCCGGGUGUGCACGGAGAUUAUGCAAAUGAUCCACCGUUCCAGGCGAGAGACGGCACAGAAGCAGAUGCAUCCGGACGAAGCUACAUCGGCCUCGGCCGCAGGGACUUCUACGGGAUCUUCGUCGUCGUCCUCUCGUCCCGUUCGAAUUGUGUAUUUUGGCACCGCCGCGUACGACGCCCCCGCUUCUUUCAAGAGGCAAACGGACGAGUUCGUCAAGGCCGGCGCCUCGGUGUCAGAAAUACGCUGCACCACCGGGGGCAAGGCGAGUAUCAGGUGGAUAACGCCGGCAACAGAAACCUCGGAGGAGCGUGUCGUAGACGCCGGAAAGAGGCACGAAAACGGUACGAAUUUGAGCAGUAAUGUGUAGUUUUGAUAAUGAAGUAUGUGCCGUGCCACAUCCAUGUAUUGGUUUUGGCUUGAUGUUGAAAAGCGUGGUCGCCUACGGCUACGAAUACUAGAAAUUAUAUGUAGCAUAGUUAGUACGCCUACGCGGCCAUAGCAGCGCCUGCAAAGUGCCUCUUCGUAAACCUUUGAAAUUUUUUGACUCGACGAUGGAUUGUGUUUCUGCUCGCAGGUAGCAUAAGCGUGAACGAGGGCAACCUCGCGGAGAUUGCGCAAUUCGUGAGCGAAGAGGCAGACGCAGUUCUGAUUUCCGGCGGAAACACGCUUUACGCAGUGGACCGGCUCCGCGGACUGGGGAUAGACCAGUGGAUCCGGCGUGCGGCUGCGCGCGGUGCGGUGAUGUGCGGCGGGUCCGCCGGCGCCGUCCUCUGGUUCGAGACCGGGCACAGCGACAGCGCCGACCCAGACUCCUUCUACUCGAAAUUUAUGGAGCUUGAACGCAUGAAGCGCGAGGUGCUGGAAAAAACGGGCGAAGUUUGCGACGAAUCUACCGUGCGCCAGAGGUACAACGCGCUCAUGGAAGCACAGCAACUCGCACCGCUUACCCUCCAGGAAAAAAGCGGGGAGGCCAAAGAAAGUAAGCCCAGUCUGAGCCAGGUGUUUGAAGACCAAGAUAAUAGCGCGGCGAAUAAUGCCGGUGUGGAAACUCCCGCAGGUACAUUGAUUGAUUCUUUUUCAUGUUCGACGCCAUAGUCUACAGCACUAAAUUCCACAAAACCCUAUUUUCAUCAACUAUAGCACGCGCAGCAUCAUGCUACUUAUUUCAUUUUCACUCGUGAACUGCAGCUGUGCGCAUAAGCAGUAGCUGUGACAUGAUCAAUGCCGAAAUACAACCGGGUGUAAAUGAAAAUCAAUUUCCUCCGUUUUAGGAAUAAAAAUAGAGAAACAAAAACCUUUCUUGGCUCAUCUAUCAGUCUUCUGGCGGAAAUAUUCUUUGAAAAUCUUCGAAUCCGUGAAGCACGACGAAUAAACCACUUUCACAGAGCCCCCAGCAGUGGCCAAGCCAUGGGAGUACAUUCGCAUCCCGGGCAUUGGUAUGUUGCCCGGCCUGUGCGUACCGCACCAGGACAAGGUGCAGUCCAACGGGUCGCUGCGGGCCGACCAUGUGAACGAAAUGCUGACUCGGCUGGCCUUCUACGGCGGGCGGGAGCGGGCCAUCUGCAUAGACCACUGGGCGGUGCUGGUGCUGGAAAACGGGCAGUACCAGGUUCUGUCCUUCCCGGACAAGGUUGGCAGCGGCUUGAGCUGCAAGGAACGCGAGUGGAAGCCGCUGCAGGAGGAAAUUAUCGUGCACAACAGCCGGACCAAUCUCCCCGUGCGCACCGUAGUGCGGCUAGUCGACGGGCUUUACGCCGACGCAAAGCUGGACGGCGCUACGCCGGAAGGAGCUGCGCUCCUCGCGGACGGCAACAACGCGCCCGUGGACCGGGUUUCGCUGGACCUGGAAAACCUUCGCCUCUCUCAGGAGGACGGCCCCGACCGGGUCACGGUGUCCGAGAAAGUCUCCUACGUGAAGGACCGCACCGGGAAGCCCUGCGUGUGGAUCAAGGAAACGAAAAUUGGCCAGGACGCAGAAGAGUUGACGGACAUGAUCCUGCACAUGCAGGCCGCACCCUGGGCCGGCAGUGUGGACGACCUCUUCGCCCUGAACCGCUCCCAGGGUGAUUGCCCCAUCACCGCACAGAAACUUCGCCAGGUGCGGGAACUAAACCCGGCCUUCUGAUGCGGAUGCGCAUUGCUUGUUGACCAGAGAUACUAUAAAUAUUUGUAUGUAGGGAAGUACAUGCGGAUGAUUUUGAUUUCUCACUUGCACCACUUCAAGAACGUGAAUUUGUAAAAAGCGACCCCUUCUCCUCGAAUUUUAUGGCACUGCGCCCCCAGCGUCAUCCGGUCUCAUCCGGUACCAAGAAGAAUACAUCGAGCUAUUCGCAGUUACGACAGAUGAUUUUACAGCCUACUGGUGAGUUCUUCAAGUUCGCACUGUUGAACGUGCUUUGUAUCAGGAAAUGCAAGGGAG